AUGAGUGAAACAAACAUAAAUGGCAAUGCUACUGACAUCGAAGACCGACGAGGUUUUUGGGAUCGUUUACAUUGCUCAAGAUUCAGUGUUUGUACGAGACUGUACCGACGCUUACUCCGGAGGAAGGUGGCUCCCGAACGCACCAGCAAAUCAAGUCCUAGGAGUCGGGAGUCACGUAGACGUAUCAACCGUUCACCAUCAGCGCAGUACAGUGCACUGAGCGAACGCGUGCGUAUCAGUACGCCGGCAGCUCUGCAGUGUGCGUUGUUCUGUGGCGGUGCUAGCUGCCAGUACGAACUACCGCCGAAACGAGAAAAUGCCAUACAAGGAUUGUACUCGGAUUGGGUCACCGAAGACAUUCUGGCGAUGGCACGUCCUAGCACCGCGAGCAUCGCAGCCAGGAAUAUCAUACAACAAUUCCAUAGUUGGGGAAUCCGUACGGUGGUCAACCUGCAAACGUCAGGUGAACACGCGAGCUGUGGUCCACCACUCACGAGCUCCGGAUUCACAUACGAUCCAACAAUAUUUAUGGCCAAUAACAUAUAUUAUUACAAUUUCGCGUGGCCGGACUACGGAGAAGCUAGCUUGAGUGGCCUGCUCAAUAUGACGAAAGUAUUGUCCUUCGCGUUGCAAGAGGGUAGAGUCGCCAUACACUGCCAUGCAGGUUUGGGAAGAACUGGAGUCCUGAUAGCUUGCUACUUGGUCUACGCUCUGAGGAUCCGUGCUAAUGACGCGAUACGCCUCGUGAGGAAGAAACGACCUCGUGCUGUGCAAACAUCUGGACAGAUCUUGUGCGUGCAGCAGUUCGAGCACUACAUACUGCCGCAGACUGUUAUCUUCAGUACUAAGGAGCCUUUAUUAUUGGCGAAGGGUCGAAAAUAUGCUGAAUUCACUUUAAGGCAGUACUUAUAUCGGCAGCAAGUUACACUCCACGGAAUAGAAGAGCGUGUUUUUCGAGAAAUUCCCAAGAUAGUCUACUGCAUCUGUGAGAGACUUCUCAAGUUGUGCGGCUGUCAUGAAAAUGGUGGACAGGACUAUAGAAUCAAUAUCCGACCUUUUUACAAGAUUUUCCUGUCUUACAGGCUUAAGAAGAACAAACCUACAGAGCUGACAACACCUGAAGAGAUGCCAACUGGUCAAACAGGGUCUCUACCUCUACCAAUGGUGGAAUGGCGUGAUCCAGCAGAGGAGGUGGAGAGAAGCUUAGAGUCAGUCAGUAGGAUCACAGCUACAACCACUAAUUGUACUAUACCAGCAGUUCAAGUGCAUGAGGCCUUCGUCUCAGACCAAUGUCUUCCAGAAGACAAUCAGAAACGUCUAAAGCAACUGCGCAAUGAUAUCAAUCAGAGACGAGAAGCCAUGGAUAUGAUUUAUGAUGAGGAGGAUCCUUUAAUAUUAUCGGGGUUGCUUUUCGAGUGGCUAGAAGGUCUGAAGGAGCCGGUGCUGGACCGAGAAGAUCUCUCCCUGAUCGUAAGCCGCGCCCAUAACAUGGAAUGGUGUAUACAGGCCUUGGACAUGGAGGACAUCAUACUAAUAGAAUACCUAUUACGCUUCAUGAUAAGACUACGUCCGUUGGCAGCGAACAAAAAGGUGGACAUUAUAAAAAGACUAAUUUCAUCUUUGACGCAACAAACAAUAUGCAUCGAGGAUACAUAUCUGCCUUCUGGAAGGGAAUUCCCCAAACUAAGAGAGGGAACUUGCAGUCAAAUUGUGAACUUUAUGUUGAGAAUGAUUGUGGAAAUACAGAAAGAUAUGCUUAGACCUGGCUGCGAUGAAAAGGACGUCUUGUUUUGUUGA